UUUUCCAAAGAACUUCUAGCUGGGAAUCUAAUCCAGAAAACAACAGAUGUCAGACAAACAACUGCAACAACUUCAAGAGCAUCAACUUCAACAGGAGCAGUAGACAUGUCAGCAUUACCACAUACCAUCAGUGAGGAAGAACUUUUGAAGUUGUCAAUGGAAAUAGGACCUACUUACUACAAGAGGAUUGGCGUUAACCUGAAUAUCUCGUUUGUGACUCUUGAUAAAAUAAAGAAAGACACACAAGAUACUACUGAUGCUUUGAUGACAGUAUUCACAAGAUGGAGGGAUAAACAGCUUCCAGACACAAACAUCAGGGCUCAUCUUGCAGAGGCUUUACAAAAGAGUGGUCUAGUGUCACUGUCUCAGAAACUGAUUACUGGAAAUCUAUUAACAAAGUCAACAGGUAAGGGUAAGAAGGAAGUUAAGAUGGCUGCCUUCAAUAAAUCAUUCAAAUUGGUUAUUCUUAAAACAAAAUAAUGCGUACCUUUUCAACUAGUGGCACUAUUUCAUUGACC